AUGGCACAAACAUCAUGCCCGGCUGCCUACUUUGAGCAAAUGCCCCGCAAGUACCUGAGGAUGCUUAACAUGUUCUCUCACAAAACGAAACCAGUCCUGUUAUCCAUUGAAAGUUUUACCCAAACACCUGAUUCAUCUGUCACAUUUCGCUUUAAGGUAAUUGAGGAAUUAUACAACGAGGCCCAAGUACUACAUGGUGGAUACGCUGUUCUACUUGUGGAUGAUAUGACGACCGUUCUGCUUGGAGCUGUUUCGGAACCCAGGCUCUUUUCCCGGUUUGGCGCUAGUAAAAAUCUCAACGCAAAAUCUAUCAGACCUUUAGAGUUGGGAGAUGAAGCUAGGAUUGUCUUCGAGUUAGAGUAUCUUGGAAAGCGACGUGCUGUGUUGAGGGCAAGUUUUAUAGGGUCCAAGGGAAUGAGCUAUGUGCUAUAUUGGGAAAUGAUCGAGCGAAUUCAGAUCCUAUGA